CAAAUAGACACUCCAUUCACGAUGGAUCGCGGGAUCCCCAAUCCAUGCUAUACUUGCCGCAACCGGCGCAUCCAAUGUGACCAGUCCGGGGUGCCUUGUGGCAAAUGUCAAAAGGCAGGACUGGAAUGUGUCGAUAAAAGGCCCUUCAAAUGGGUCAAAGGCGUUGCGAUUCGCGGGAAGUUGCAGGGUCACUCGUACGAAAAUGCGAUCUCAUCUUCUGCGAUAGCAAAAGAUAAAUCUGCAGGUCCUCCGAAUCCAAAGCGUGCAUUGGUGCGGGCCUCUGUACGGCGCGAUCGGCGGGUUGACACUUUAGGAAUCAUCUCCGGUAGCAGCUCUUCGUCGUCCUCACCAGGACCCUCAUUAGUCAUCCAGGAUCCAGCCUUUUCAAGUUUGGAUAAGACGUCAAAAUAUUACAUCGAUUACUAUAAUGAACGUAUUUGCGAGCUUUUCAUUGUUUAUGAUACCGACAGAAACCCUUUCCGAAGCCUCAUCCCCCUCGGCUUGGAGGAUCCUGUCUUAAUGAAAGCUCUUCUCGCUCUUGCAGCACGGCAUCAUGUCAACAAGGGCCAAUCUUUCUAUGAGACGGAAUCAACGACAUCGCCACAGAUUGUCACUGCGAAUCGCCAUGCGCUUGCCUUCAAGCAUCAAGCCAUGGAAGCACUAUCAAAGUCACUGGCCGACCCCAAGUUAUCAAAACAGGAUACAACCGUGGCCAGUAUAUUUCUUCUGGUCUUUUUGGAUCUAUUAGAGUCCGGUAGCGACGGGUGGAACUUCCACUUGGAGGGUGCAAAGAAUUUAAUCGCAUCCACUUAUCCUCAAAAUGAUUCCCAGACUGGCAUCAAUCACGGCCCGGGGCAGACAGUGCAAGAGAUCCGUGAUUUUAUUACCAAGCAAAUAAAAGUGAUUGAAACGCUUGGAGCCACUUUCCUACGCCCAAAAUUAUUAUCCUAUUUCCCCCCCUUCGAGCAACAGGGGCUCCAACUCCAAGAAUCUAUCGAAAAGUCUUUUGUUGGAUGUCCCGAAUACCUUCUAGGCGUGAUGCAACUACUAUCCAUGCAAAGGGAUAGCAUGUCGGAACUGGACCAACUCGAUCAAACCGCUACGGAGUCACAUAUCAAAGAGACAACGUCCUUGCUUGAGAUGACGCAGAAUUUUGACUGCUAUGCUUGGGCCUCUGGUCUGCAACAAUCACAUACACCCUCAUCAAGCGAAAUAAUAAGUCUCUGCUCGCUAUCCCGGUCUUAUAAACUUGGCGCUUCCAUCUAUGGACGGCGGAUCCUCGAUGCUAUGACUGGGGAAAAGACGGUACUUGAUGAUACAGUCGCAGAGCUGCUGGGAUUGAUCGACUCAUUGCAGAGUGACCGACUUUUGUUCAAAUGUGUCCUCUGGCCUAUCUGCAUCGCAGGUUUAGAGUGUCAAUGGCAACCUCAGAGAGAAUUCCUCAUUGCUUGUGCGGAAAGAUUUUGGGACAUUACCAAGUGUCUGAAUGCAGUCAAUGCUGCGAAGAUCUUGCAAGAAUACUGGCGUCAAGUGGAUGCCUCCGGGCAGGCCCAGUCGCGGUGGAUCUUUGAUAUUGGCCGACUAGGUCGGGAUUGGCUCUUGAUAUAGGAAGGAAGCACACAUGAAUCAUGAUUUAUGACGAAAUGAACUUGAAGAAUCUAUACAUACAAGAUGAAUGCCAUUUUAGAAUUACUGAGCACCCACACUGGACUUGAAUGCUUGUAACAAGUCAUUCUUCAGAUCCUCCCAGUUCUCCAGGCCAACGCUGAUCCGCAACAAUUUCCGAUCCACCCUGGCAUCAGACAAGGCUCGCCACUCGAUCAGAGACUCGACACCACCAAGACUUGUUGCAUGCUGAAAGAAAUGCAGUUUGCUCGGCAGCUUGCGAGCGAAUUCCUCGCUAUGUAGAAUCACGGAGAAGACGGGACCAAACCCGUUGGGCAUCUGCUUCUUCAACCAGGGCUCAUCCUGAAGACUGGCAUGGUAGAUCUUCUGUAAAACAGUUUGAACAAUAUCCUCGUCUGAGCCCAGCGCAGGAGAAGGAGCGUUCAAAGCACCAUGAAGCCAUGAAAUCACCUUUGCCGAGUUCUCACUUGCCCGUUGUACUCGAACCUCGAGUGUGCGCAGACUUCGCGUACCAAGCCAGCCCUCCAAAUUUCCCAGGACGUUACCCAAAGCCAUACGAUCCUCGAAAAGCUGCUUAGCCCAAUCUUGACGCUUCACGGCAAGAACACCGCAGAGCAUAUCGCUGUGUCCGCCGAAAUAUUUUGACCCGGAGUGCAUGACAAUGUCAGCACCCCACAGGAACGGGUCUUGUAAGCCAGGAGGUGCGAAAGUGCUGUCGACAAUAAGGAAGGCUCCACGGGCAUGUGCCUUUUGAGCAUACUCUUCGAUGUUAUAGGCCGUUCCGAAGGGGUUGAUUGGAGUCUCGAGGAGGAUGACGUCACCUUCGUUCAGGCUCUCAAUGGGGCAGUCAAUGGGGAGCUUUUUGAGACCCGAAAGGCGAGAGACCACCGAGAUGACUUCGUGACUCCCGUGGUAGCCUUCGCCCACGGAUAUCUGCCGGGGGUUUAGGAGAGUCAAUGCGGCGUGUAGAGCGGCUAAGCCCGUGGCAUAGCUCACGGCAUGACCUUUGAGAAGAGGAGAGAGAAUUGCUUCAAAGCGAGUGGCAUUUGGCGCAAACUCGCGAGAGUAGACGUAGUUU